GAGCAGUGCUAUGCCAAGUAUUCCAGUAAUUACACCUGACAAUAUUUAGAAGCUUGUAUACUUGCCUGAAUGGCGCCAGGAAGAAAGAAACAAAACCAGGUUCAGAAGGACAGUUACAGUGACUGGAUGUUACAUCUACCUCCUGAAAAACACACGAUAGCUCUGUGGCAUCUAGUCAUACCGGGCAGCCAUGACUCGAUGACCUACGAUCUGGACAUCAACAGUCCCAUUAUAGAGCCGGACAUGCUGAAAAAAUACAGUAAUCUGCGCUGUGUACGCUCGAUAAUGAGGAACUGGGGAAGGACACAGGAGGCGAAUAUCCUAGAGCAGUUGAACGCAGGGGCUCGCUACUUUGACUUAAGAAUUGCUCGGAAAGAAAACGAUCCCGACCCCAACAGACUGUACUUCUACCAUGGGCUGCUCACACGCACAGAUGUGGAGACUGUUCUUAGGUCUAUAAACGAGUGGGCAGAGCAGCACCCCAAAGAGGUCAUCAUCCUCGCUCUGUCCCAUUUUAAAGGAUUUGGUAGUAACGAAGUACAACUACACAACCAUCUCACCGCCUUCAUCAAAAACCUGUUCGGCUCCAAACUUGUUCCCAAACCUAUUCGAAAAGAAGACACGCCGACGUUGCAGAAGUGCUGGGAUGAAAAGCAGAACGUCAUAGUGUCUUACGACUACUACGAAGCCAACAAGCAAUCAGUGUUCUGGUUCAAAAUCGUUUACUUCUAUGGAGACGGCAUGGAUUUGACCAAAGUGGAGGAACGUCUCACGAGGAAUCUCAGAGCUGCCUCUCGAGAGUAUUUCUAUGUGUGUGGCCUGAAUCUAACUUUACCAGAGAAUGCAGGAGCUCUGAAGUACGUUUUCAGAUGGAGGAGUCUGGCCUCUGCAGUCCGACACAGUUUACCAACGCUGCAGAGGUGGAUCCAAACACAAGCUGCCAAAUCUCCUCUCAAUAUAGUGGCUUCAGACUUAGUGACUGAGGGAAAUUUGGUCACAACCAUUGUGAAUCUGAACGAAACGUCUGAGUAACUGGUUUUGAAUAAACACUGAGACUGCAAAAUACUGUACUAUAGCCUCAUUGCUUUAGACCAGGGGUGUCAGACUCAUUU